AUGGAUCUUCACCGGAGCUCGAAGAUCAUACUCUUAAUCCUCUCAAUCUUAUCUCCCGCGACGCUCUCAAUGCGCUACGAGCUACUCUCAGGCCACACGAAAUGCAUCUACGAGGAGAUUCACGCGAACGCAAUGUCCGUCGGCAAAUACCAUAUCGUAAACCCUCACGAAGAUCAUCCUCUCCCUGAUUCUCACAAAAUCACCGUAAAGGUGACGUCGGCACAAGGAACGGCUUAUCACGAAGCGGACGGAGUUAACACGGGACAGUUCUCUUUAACGGCUUUGGAAACAGGAGAUUACAUAACUUGCUUCUCAGCCGUUGAUCAUAAACCUGAGGCGAUGUUGACUAUUGACUUUGAUUGGAGGACGGGGGUUCAGACAAAGGAUUGGUAUAAUGUGGCUAAGAAGAGCCAAGUUGAAACGAUGGAGUUGGAGGUUAAGAAGUUAUUGGACACUGUUACUUCCAUCCACGAGGAGUUGUAUUAUCUCCGCGACAGGGAAGAAGAGAUGCAAGAUCUGAACAUAUCGACAAACUCGAAGAUGGCAUGGUUGAGUUUUAUGUCGCUUGGGGUUUGUUUAUCUGUCGCAGGUCUUCAGUUUUGGCACUUGAAGACUUUCUUCCAGAAGAAGAAAAUCAUCUAA